AUGGCUGAUAUCACUCACCCCACCAUCAAGUGGCCCGGCCAGGCAAUGACUCUCAAGGUGAACAACGUUCUCCAUCACGAGAAGUCAAAGUACCAGGACGUCCUCAUCUUCGAGAGCAGCAAUCAUGGCACAGUGCUCGUCCUGGACAAUGUCAUCCAGGCCACUGAGCGAGACGAAUUCUCAUACCAAGAGAUGAUCACACAUUUGGCCAUGAACUCGCACCCAAACCCCAAGAACGUCCUUGUUAUUGGCGGUGGUGACGGAGGUGUCCUGCGUGAGGUCGUCAAGCACGAGACCGUCGAGAGCGCAGUUCUGGUCGACAUCGACGAGGCUGUCAUCCGGCUGAGCAAGAAGUACCUCCCAGGCAUGUCAAUCGGCUUCCAGCAUCCUGCGGUCACAACCCUGGUGCAAGACGGUUUCAAGUACCUUGAGGAUCAGAAGGGUCAAUUCGAUGUCAUCAUCACCGACAGCAGCGAUCCAGAUGGACCGGCCGAAGUGCUGUUCCAGAAGCCAUACUUCGAGCUACUGUCAGGUGCUCUCAAGGAGGGCGGUGUCAUCACUACUCAAGCCGAGAAUCAAUGGCUGCAUCUGCCACUGAUCACCAAGCUCAAGAAAGACUGCAAAGAGGUCUUCCCGACCGUCGAGUAUGCCUACACCACCAUCCCAACAUAUCCAUCAGGUCAGAUCGGCUUCAUGGUUUGCUCCAAGGAUCCCAAAGCCAACCUCAAGGAGCCCCUUCGCAGCUGGUCGCCUGAGGAAGAGGAGAAGUUGUGCAAGUACUACAACAAGGACGUUCACCGAGCGGCGUUCGUGCUGCCGACUUUCGCCCGGAAGGCGCUGCGGUAG